CGCUUUUGUUAACCAUACCUGCGUUAUCAGUUAUCUCUGAUUUUAGAAUGUGCUAAUUUAGUUACAAUUUAGUGCAGUGCAGACUAAAGUGCUGAAAGAGUUAUUAAAAAUGAAAUUUGAUGCGAAGUUUUUUUAUAAAGUGAAAAACCGAGUAACCGCACAAGUGUAUUCUUCGUUUACAAAUAAUUUAGAUUCCAGAACAGAAGAUGGCGGCGGAGACACAAAUACAUUGGACAUGGGAAGCCGUUCCUCAUUACACACUGGUUUGCAAAUGUCAGAGGAUGAGCAUUGGGAGAUGAAUUAUCAUGAGGCUGCUAUAUACUUAGAGGAAGGUCUAAACAAUGAGAAGUUUGAUUCGCACCCGUCGAGUCCGGAGGAGUUACCUGCGUAUCUUCGCGUACACAAUCCUUGGUACCACGGCUUAGACCUCCUAGCAUCACUUGUUUUGAUCCUGCUAGCAUUUACAGAAGAUCCAGCUGUACCUGCUUUCGAGUUACCAGUAUGGGCCCACGGCACGAUAGAGCUACUAGCCCUUUCAGUGAUCGGUGUUGAGUUGCAUCUCAAACUCAAAUGGAUCGGCUGGGGAACCAUUUUCAAGCAUAAACGAACUAUGAUUAAGGGUGUAACAUUGAUGAUAAUGCUACUAGAGGCAGUUGUAGUUCUUUGCCGACAGUCCUCCCACUUCAGAGUGACGAGAGCAUUGCGUCCUAUCUUCUUGGUGGACACGAGACAUUGUGGUGGAGUAAGGAGAUUCAUAAGACAAAUAUUACAAUCAUUGCCGCCUAUACUUGAUAUGUUAGGUCUACUUAUGUUUUUCGUGGCCACGUACUCCUUAUUAGGAUACUAUCUAUUCUCUGAGCACAUUGACAAUGGACAUUUUCGGACAUUAAGCGAUUCGUUCGUCAGUAUGUUUGUCCUUUUGACAACUGCCAAUUUUCCAGAUGUAAUGAUGCCAUCUUAUGCCAAAUCUAAGUGGUAUGCCGUCUUCUUCAUAUUGUAUAUCAUCACAGUUCUAUACGUUCUGAUGAAUUUGAUGUUGGCCGUGGUAUACGAGACGUUCACUCGUAUUGAGCGUGAGAAGUGUCGUGCGUUGUUGCUUCACCGACGUGGGGCUGCGCGCCGGGCCUUUCGCCUUUUAGUAUCGCGUCGUGCCCCACACGCUGUCAAGUUGAGGCAUUUCGCUGGGCUGAUAAGGCAUUAUGCGCCGCAUUAUAGUGGUUUAGACGUAUAUCUAAUGUUCAAACAACUGAAUCAAUCGACAACGGGCGGCCUCUCCCGCACUGAAUUUGCCAACGUAUACGAAGUAUUUGCGCUUCGUUGGGCGCCGCAAACAUCACGUGCACCUUGGUACGCCGACUCGCCCUUGGAACCGCUGGGUAGAGCGGCCGCUGUCAUCGUGCAUAGGCCGUACUUCGAAUAUGUCAUAUACGCUCUAAUAAUUGGAAAUGGUCUGGCGAUGGUCCUUCGAGUGCUGGAGGCAGCUGGCGAUCUGCAGGACAGCGCCCGGCUCCUUUGUGCAUCCUGGGACACCUGGCUAUUUCUUACCUUGUUUUUAAUAGAAGCAACACUACGGAUAAUGGCUAGUGGUCUUAGCGCGUAUUUAGAGAGCGGUUGGAAUGUGUUCGACUUGAGCGUGACACUGCUUGCGUUGAUGGGAGCGGUUCUACUUACGAUUGCCCCCAAACUCUUCAUUGUCGUUAUGUUCAGACCACUUAGAUUAAUGCGCCUAUACAAAUUAAAAAAGAGAUAUAGGGACGUGUUUGGGACGCUAGUGUUGCUAUCACCGCUUAUGUCAUCAGCGGGUUGUGUGAUGCUAGUGAUGUACUAUUUCUUUGCCAUUAUCGGAAUGGAAUUAUUUGCUGGAUACAAUUUGAGGAAUUGUUGCAUAAACACAACUGUAGAAGACUUUUACAAAUACUCUGAGAACAGUUCAACACCACUGGGUUACUACUACUUAAACAACUUCGAGAACAUUCUCACGAGUGGUGUGACAUUGUUCGAGUUGACAGUUGUCAAUAACUGGUUCAUUUUGAUGAAUGCGUUCGCGAGCGUUGCGGGCCAGCUCAGUCGGUUAUACUUUAUGGUAUUCUACCUAUUUACGAUGGUAGUUCUAACGAUAGUAGUGGCAAGCGUUUUGGAAGCUUUCCGGUUUAGGAUACAAUACAAACGUAGUACUACGAAGAGGGAUGAGGAGAAACUCCUUCAUGAGGAAGUCCAUACAAGUUGGGAGGAAGCUCAACGACUCGGCGCUACCGGGGACCUUGCAGAACAGCUGAGGACGUAUUUACCACCUGGAAUUGACGUCACGUUUAUAGGAACACGACCUCGUACGAAAGAAGUUUUGCAGAGGAGAAUGUACCAAACGGAAAUACAGAAGUGGCUUGCAGAGGAGGUUGAAAAUGAUGAACUGCAGCCAUCGACAACUGUCACAUCAAGCGAGGAUCCACUUUCACCGCCACUGAUCCAACAGCCUGAUGGAGACAACCAUCACAUACGAAGUGGUUAUCAGUUGUAGAAUCUAAUAUUGUUGGCGCUCCACCAACACCUGGCCGAAUUGUGGAACGCCCUGAACAAUAUUGAAGGGGCGUAGGAUUUGGUAAUUAGAUAUUUUUGUGAUUGAGGGAAAUUUCAUGGAACCUUUUUUCGUGUUUCCGAGCCAAUACGACUUUGGUGCCUUUAACGUGUACCAGAAGUAUUAGAACUGGCCGAGAUGGAGAGGGCGGUGAACGAUUUUAGUGACUUAGAACUUGGUAUAUAUUGGUAUGUAAUUAAUGAGUAUAGCGCAAUUGGUUGCUCUGCAAAAUAGAUAGAGAGACUUUGUAAUUGGCAGAAUAUAGCCAAAACAUUUAAGUAAUCGAUGUUAGAUAUAUUAUUUUUAGCUUUUUAUCGGAUUAAAAUGACAAUAGACAUAUGUAACACCAGUGAAGCCACGAAAAAACAAGAAAACGUAUUUAUUAAUGAAAACGAAUUUCACAAUUCCAUAUAUCACGACUCACAAAAAUUUUGUAAUUCAAUACAUGAAUCAUUUUGUUAUGUAAUUACAACUGUAAUUAAUUAUUUUAAAAAUGGAAGUGUAACAGUAUGCAGUGUUAUCCUAGUGUAUUCAGCGUAACAUGCUCUCGCGCAUAAUGCCGAACCUUGGCGAUCCGGGCGAAAGCACUCUUCGGGUGCCCAAUAUGGGCCGACGAACUUAUCAGGCACAAGCGACUCUCACCUCUGACGCCGUAAUUUUUAUCCGCAUCCGAAGGAAAGUAUCGUGGGAAAGCCAUGCCUGCAUCAUACAGUAGGUGAUCAACCUACUUGCCUUUUACAGAAAAUCAAAUGCCAAGUGCCGAGGCCUAACUCAGUGCUAACCUAAACUUUGUACGUUGAUAACCUAGCUCUGCUGUUUUUGUUAUCAUUAAAGAAAUAGUUACUAUACAAUGCAGUUAUCACCCAUUAAAAAAGCGGCUUCACACUUACAUCCGCUUCAGGCUCCUAGGAUUUUAAUAAUAUUGCAUAAUUGGGUAUAACGUGGAAUUCGUUAAGACUAUUUUACAUAUAACAUGACUCGCGACAACUUGUAACGCGAUUUUAAAGUUACAGAAUUUGUUGUAAAUGUGUGCAAAAAUAAUACUGGUACAUCAAAAACUAGAGUACCUUUUUUGUCGAGACGAUAACUGUUUACACUUUUUACAGACCAAGCAUAUUGUGAUUAUAAUUUCGAAUAAUUGGUAUUAGUGAAUAUCUGUGAUAAAUUAUAUUUCUUAAUUUAAUUUAUACCUAUUGUGGCGGCUAAAAUUCGGAUGACAGUGAAAGUUUUAACCCGUUAAUCUAAAAUGGUUAAGAAUUCUAAAAACAACCUUGUAGCUAAUUUAUAAUGUACAACAAAAUGGUUAUAUAAAUCACGUUUUUUUUAUAUAGAAUGCCUUUUGAAAUACUAGACUAUAAAUUAGAACUGUAGUGUAUGAAAUUUGCCUUCAUUAGAUGUAAGGAAGUCACAGGUAUAGGUAGCUAGGAAAGCUUUAUGGUAACCACUUCUUGUAGGUUAUGCCAGUCUCCAUCCAAAAAAGGAAAGGAAGAAAUUAGGCGCCAAAUUAUAACUCUAUACUUUGCUCUUAGGAAACUUUAUGCUACCGCGACUGUGAGGUUAUGUUGUAGCAAAAAUGAAAUAGCAUGAUGAUUUUUCUCACUAUUAGGACGGAUAAAUUUUUAGUCUGUUGACUAAUGCAGACAAUAAUUAUCUUUCACGCGAUAAUACAAGUCUGUGUCCGCCAUGUUUUGCCAUAUUUUGUCAUGUGGUUGAUAAGUUCCUCAAUAUGUGGAAUAUUCCUCAUAUCCAGAAAAAUAUGGGCCACUCAAAAUGAUUCUUGAAUUAAUAGAUUAUUUUUGAAGUUUUUUUAAUUAUUCAUGAUAAAAUAAAAUGUUAGAAUGUCUAACAACCUUUCUUAGGUUUAUAAGUCAAAAAAAUUGUUGUGUGAUUAUUUAUUUUCGAUACACGGUUUUAUGUAUUGUUUCGAAUGAUAAUUUUAUGUUUAAACGUUAAAUGUAGAUCGUUAUUUUAUUUAAUUGUUAUUCUUUUGCCCAUGUACCAAUGUUACAGCUACAAAGUAGAUCAAUAUAAACCAUUUAAAAAUUACAGUACAAUAUUAUGUAUUUAAUAAAAGUUUUUCUUUUUAUCUGCUGACGUAACAGUGGUCAUCAUUAACGUAAUAACAAGAACAAUGGAUGAUUAAUAUUUAUGGAUGAUUUAGUUGAUAAUUUUAGUUAUCCGCCAUAUUUUAUAAUUAAACGAUUUUAAUUCAGUAUUGUUUUAGACUCUGCUAAAUACAAGAGUGUGACUUGA